AAAAAUCUGAACUUGAUUUAUUCUUAAAAGCACAAUUAAUGGCAUUUGAAAUAACAAAUAUUAAAUUAGAAGAAGCUCAAAAAAAAAAACAUAAUUUUAGAUAUGCCUAUAAUUCAUCUUAUCCACUUUGUAAACCUGCUUUUUUAAAGCUUUAUAGUAUAAAUGAAUAUAUUCUUUCAACAUUACAAGAUCAUUUAUAUAGUAAAGGAUUAGUAGAACGAAUUCAUGGUAAUUCUGAACAUGCAGCUAAAAGAGAAAGUAAAGUAUUUCUUGAUUCAAGUGUUACUUUUCCUGUAAAAAAAUAUUUAGAACAGUAUGCGAUUACUCAUGGACUUCCAUCUCCAAUGU